GAUGAGAGGACGUCGACAAGAAACAUUGAUUUGGUGUGUCGGAAAAUGUUGUACAUCAGAAAGUAACCUCUAAAAAAUUCACGCACCACAUCAACUUCAACCUCACCUGCUCACGAAAAUUGGAUCAGCACUUCGAAGCGAAUCGCCCGAAAUCUGGCAGAGCUGCGGCCUCAUUGCGAUCCAAAAGGCAAGUUCACGGAAACCUUCUGUCCACGUACGGUCAGGAGUAAUAUACUCGUUCACAAAAACCAAAACCAUCGACGUAAUGCUGGAUCAAGAUGAUGACCAAUGCCAAGCUGCUUGA